UUGUAGUAAAAUAUGGGGUCAUCAAUAGCUUCUCACUUUGGCACUCUGUUAGUGCUCGUGUCUCUCAGUUUGCCUAGUGGAACCACAGCAAAUUACCCUUAUUCAUCUCCUCCUCCACCACCUCCUAAGAAGCACCCACCACCACACUACUACUACAACUCACCGCCUCCUCCUCCUCCUGUGUACUUUCCACCACUGCAUUAUCCCACACCUCCUUAUGAGUACAAGUCCCCACCAUCACCGCCACCAUCACCACAUAAGCACAAGUCGCCACCUCCACCCAAAGAACCUUACAAGUCUCAUCCCCCGCCACCGACUCCUGUUUAUGAGUCUCCACCUCCUCCACCGAUUCAUUAUCACCCCCCUUACAAGUAUAAGUCUCCUCCACCACCACCAACAUCACCACCCAAGCAUCCCUACAAGUCUCCGCCGCCACCCAAGGAGCCUUACAAGUAUAAGUCUCCUCCCCCACCACCACCUUCACCACCUUACGAGUAUAAGUCUCCUCCACCACCACCCAAGCACCCUCACAAGAACAAGUCUCCACCACCACUAUCACCACCUAAGCACCCUUACAAGUACAAGUCUCUACCACCACCAUCACCACCCAAGCACCCUUACAAGGACAAGUCUCCACCUCCACCAUCACCGCCCAAGCACCAUUGUAAAUACAAGUCCCCGCCCCCACCACCACCAGUUUACAAAUAUAAGUCUCCUCCACCACCCCUACCAUCACCACCCAAGCAUCCUUACAAGUACAAGUCUCCACCCCCACCUCCUCCGGUUUAUAAGUCUCCUCCCCCUCCUCCUCCUCCAGUUCACUAUCACAAGUCUCCUCCUCCACCAACACCCCAUCAUUAUAUCUACUCAUCGCCACCUCCUCCUUACAACUACUAAGCAUCGGCUCCGACCGCACAAAAGGUAACCU